AUUAUAAAUAUUUACCGGCAGUUUUUCAUUACAGAAAAGAGUUUAGUUGUUUAAAUUAAUUUUAAAAUGUCUGAAAAUAACGGCGAUAUAGAUACGAAAAAUGUGGUGAAGAACCGGGAGCUGUUAUAUCGCAUGAUUAUAAGCCAACUGUUCUAUGAUGGGUUUCAAACUAUAGCCGCUACUCUCUCCGCAGCUGUGCAUGCUGAUCCACCUUGUCCUCCGAGUGAUAGGCUCCUAAAUGUAAUGAUGGUGGGUCUUCAACAUGAGCCAGACAGAAAAGACCGACUUGCUGCUUCUAGCGGAGCUGAGCAUUUACUCGGAACUACUGGUUUUGACCUGGAGUUUGAGAUGGACGCGUCGUCUCUGGCGCCGGAGCCGGCGACGUACGAGACGGCGUACGUGACGUCACACAAGAUGGCGUGCCGGGCGGGCGCGUUCAGCAACUGCGGGCAGCUCGUCGCCACAGGCAGUGUGGACGCUAGUAUUAAGAUUCUGGACGUGGAGAGAAUGUUGGCGAAGUCAGCCCCAGAAGAAGUGGACCCCGGAAGGGAGCAACAGGGCCACCCUGUCAUCAGAACUCUAUAUGACCACACGGACGAGAUAACAGCCCUGGACUUCCACCCUCGGGAGCAGAUACUGGUAUCAGCUUCCCGAGACUGCUGUAUCAAGCUGUUCGACAUCUCCAAAGCCUCCGUGAAGAAAGCAUACAAGUCCAUAACUGACGCAGAACAAGUGUUAUGCGUGGCGUUCCACCCGCUGGGCGACCACAUCAUCGCGUCCACCACGCACCCCGUCAUCCGCCUGUACGACGUCAACACCAGCCAGUGCUUCGUCUGCCCGAUACCCACGCAUCAUCACAAGAAACAGGUCAACAGCAUCAAAUUCUCUCCCAACGGCAAAUACUUCGCUAGCGGCAGCGCGGACGGCAGCGUGAAGCUGUGGGACACGGUCUCCAACCGCUGCUUCAAUACCUUCGUGGCUGCACACGACGGUGCCGAAGUCUGCUCCGUCGCCUUCACAGGGAACAGCAAGUAUCUCCUGACAUCCGCCAUGGACUCGUCCAUCAAGCUGUGGGAGCUGGCGAGCAGCCGUUGUCUGAUUCAGUACACCGGUGCGGGAACCACGGGCAAGCAGGAGCACCACGCGCAGGCGGUGUUCAACCACACGGAGGACUACGUGAUGUUCCCGGACGAGGCCACGACGUCGCUUUGCACAUGGAACUCGCGUACCGCCAGCCGCUGUCAGCUCAUGUCGCUGGGACAUAACGGGGCCGUCAGGUGUAUAGUGCACUCGAGCACGGCGCCCGCCUUCCUCACGUGCAGCGACGACUAUCGAGCACGGUUCUGGUACCGCCGCAACACGCACUAGUCUAGUUGUAAGUUUAAUAAAUGUUUUAUAAUGUGUAA